AUGUCUGUGAUACAAGCUGAAGAGAUGAAGGAAGAGAUCCCGCGCACUUUGAAUCUAUUUGACCUUUGCUGCAUUGGUAUCGGCGCUACCAUCGGUAGUGGCAUCUUUUCUACGGCUGGAUCAAUGAUUUCUGAGACUGCUGGCCCUGGUGCUGUCAUCAGUUGGCUUAUUGGUGGCGCCAUUUGCUGUCUUAAUGCUUUAGCAUACAUGGAGCUAUCAACGCGCGUACCAUCUUCUGGAAGUACAUAUGCAUACGCUUACCACACAAUUGGAGAACUUCCAGCUGUUGUUGCCGCGUGGUUGCUUACGCUCGAGUACGCUGUAUCUGGUGCUGGUGUAGCACGUAGUUGGGGAGACAAGGUGGAAGAGUGGUUACUGCUCGAAUACCCUGAUCGCAACUUUCACUGGUUAAACUUACAGUCUGCUAAUCUCAGUGGUGGACUUAUCCAGUUUCUAAGCAUGGUGGUGUUAUUAUUGGGCGUUCGCUUUGGCAAAGUAUUUGUCAAUACUUUUACGAUAAUUAAAGUGAUUGUCGUAGCUUUUAUCAUCGUCGCAGGCUUUGCUGCCAUGAAUCCGGAUUAUUUGACCCCUUUGAUCCCUUCACGGACGUCAGUAGAUGGUACGAUGGCGUUUGGAACACAGGGGAUUAUCACAGGGGCUUCACAGGCAUUCUUUGGAUACGUUGGCUUUGAUGAGAUCUGCUGUCUUGCAGGUGAGACCAAGAACCCAAAGAAGACGAUGCCGAUCGCGGUUAUGGUUGUUGUGGUAGGCACAAUGAUUCUAAGCUGUCUCUGCUCUCUCGUCCUCGCUGGUAUGGUGCCUUACUUUGAUGCUAGCAGUUUUGGUGAUGGUUUUGAAGGCCACGGUUGGAAGUGGGCAGGAACGUUUGUGCGUGCUGGUGAAGUCGUUACAAUGCCAGUUGUUGCACUCAUUGGCUUUCUAGCGCAACCUCGUUUGAAUUAUGCGCUUGCUUGCGAUGGCUUAUUACCACGCAUUUUUGCUGAGGUGGAUUGUAAGGGCAAUUUGUUUAAGAACACGCUCAUCUCGGGGUUGUUUUUUACAAUCAUUGCUAUUGUAGUACCCUUUGAUACUUUGUGGGACAUUGUAAACUUUGGUGUUAUGAUGUCAUUCAUCAUUGCUAAUGUAUCCCUUAUGCUAGCACGAAUGAAGCCACAAUCACCCAAGUUAUCACCAAUAUUGCUUGCUGCUCUCGUUCUGACGUCUGAAUGCACAGCUUUCUUAUACCAAGAGGGGUACGAGAAUAAUUUGUCAACCGUGUGUCUAUUUCUCUCGCUUGUGUUUCUCGUCGUCACCGUUUGUAUCUCAGUCGCACUUUUCGUUAUGUGUCCACAAACAGCCAAUGCGUCUGGUUUAUUUACUGCUCCACUAGUGCCAUUCAUUCCGAUGAUAUGCAUUGUAGCUGAUUGGUACAUGAUUGCGCAAAUUCGUCACGUAGCUCUGGCUUUGAGCUUUACUUGGAUGGCUGUUGGAGCUCUCUCAUACUUCAUGUACGGUUAUUUUCAUGCCGAAUCGCGCAAUAAUUGGAGUCGACUGAUGGCUGAGAGCCUUCCUCUUCACAAGGACAGCCUCUCAGCGUCAAUACUUUCGGCCAAGUAUUCAGUGCAGGACUUGAAGUCCCCCACUGUAUAA